CAGUAUGGCAGCUGUAGGUUGCUGUUUCUCUGUGCAAGCACUGGUGCUAGGGUUUGUUGUUUGGGGAGCCUGGCUAAACUACAAUGUAACUGCACUUGAAGGUAAAAAAAAUACACAGGUAGACAAAAUAAGAGCUCUCUUUCUUUAAGAUAAAUCUUUUCUGGAAGGCGCGUCUGGCAGACUUUGCAUUGUGAUUCAUUUUAUGUAAUACUGCUUACAACGACCAAGUACAAGCUAAGGCAAAAGCAAGAUUAUUGCUAAAUCACCCCCGAAACCGCCCUUUUUUCGGAAAGGUUGCAUGCAGUAGACAUUGUUUUGCGGAGGUUUAAAAACUCGAUCAGAGAAACAGAUCAAGAGACUUACUUAGCGUACUUACAGUACCUUUUGCGGAAUGAAGCUGACUUACGAAUAUCCAGUUUGUUACACUAAAUUUACUGCCUGAAAGAAAGCAUAGUGGAGUCAGCUGGUGAAGUGUUCGUUAAAAGUUAUUCACGAAGCGAUCCGUAUUUUUUGUCAAGGUGUGGCCUUAACAACUGGUGUUAAGUAGCUCGAGCAGCACUUAAUUAAAGCGACGUUGGAGUAUUUCACUAAAUUAACGUAGCUGGCUUAUAAUAAGAGUUAUAAAUACACCUUUCAAAUCACGAUGCCAGAGGUAAAAGAUGCAGCUCCCCUUUAUUCAGGGAAAGUACAAUUAAAGCUUUAUACUUCUGGGAUUGGGGAUAUAAAUUAUGUGUGUUCUAAUCAACAUUUUCAUUUUUGAUGUCUCUUAAUAAAGUACCUUAGAAGAUUUUAAUUAGUUUUCCUAAUUUACGCUGGAACUGAGGAUUAUUCCUUUCACUUGUAGUCACUUGUCUUUCAAGAGUCCUGGUUAAUUUCAUGUAAUUUUAAAGCCACCAAUUGUAGAUAUUUUUUCGCGGCCGCCGACUCCUAUGUAAAAAUAGACGUGACGUCAGCAAAGGAAAAUAUCAAUAAGUUUCCUGAGAUCCGAGCACGGCGACGGCAACGAGUAAUGCGGUCAGAAAAGCAAUAGGUUUAAUUAGCAAAGCGACAACCUUGCCUGCACAUCAAUUUUUUAUGUACCGUUAUUUUGCCGUCACUGCAUAUAUAACUAGAAGGUAAAAGUGCCUAUAAUUUCACGUUUUAUGGACGACGUUAACAAGCCAAGAAGAAAUGUUAUUUUGCCUUUUUCUGAAGUUGCAUAAGGUAAAACACCUCCAGGAGAGUUCGCCCACAUUUGACAAAGAAGGUGAAGAUUGUGCAUUCAAACUAUUUUAUUGUUCGACGGUAUGGAGUAGUACGAGCAAGAAGAACGUUAGAAAACCUGAGCUAGUUCAGAACUAUGCCUUCAGAAUCGUAGCUGGUUUAAGAAAGUACGAUAAUGUUUCAGAAGCCCUGAAGUCCCUUAAAUGGCUUAACGUAAGGGAUAAACUGCUUUUUAACGACCUAGUGAUGGUGUACAAAAUUAAUGCUUAAAGAACCUAACAACUGGUUACCAUCACGGGCGCUUUCAAUAUCGUGCAAAAACUCUAUCACCAAAGAGACACUAGACAGAACAAUGACCUCACGUUGCCUCGGUAUAGGCUGGCCACUGGCCAAAAGACUUUCACCUACCGUGGGGUAAAACUCUACAAUAGUAUAGCUAAAGAUAUAAGAGACACGGGAAAUCUUAACGUUUUUCAAAAUAGAAUCUUGAAUAUCUUUUUAAUUCAUGGAUAGUUUUUUUUUUAUUAUUUAAAUGUAAAUAGUUUUUAAAAUUAAUGUUUUAUUAUUAUCAUUAUUGUUUAUAGAAAUUCGUUAUUUUAUCAUCGAAAUGUAAAUAUUCCCUAGUCUAUUUUAUUUUAUCUUAUUUUAUUAUUUUUUUUAAAUUCGUGUAUGUAUGGCGGAAGAACCUCCAAGGGGGUCGAGCUAUGCAAUUAAGUUAAUGUAUGUAUGUAUGUAUUUUAAGCAAGGUUUUUACCGGCCAAUCACCGUCCUCGAAUCUUUGAAGAGGUUCCUACAUAUCAUUGCUCGAAAAAAGACGAACCAACAAUAUGAAAAAAUCUCACUUUGCAUCAACCAGUGCUGAAAUUCUCUAAAUCUAAUUAACGUCCAAUUUUUAACAAACGCAUUGAGGAAUUACGUUUGGCUUACGGAAAAGUGAUCUGGUUUAAUGAAGUCAAAAUUGUUUUGAAGACGCAGUAAAACAAAUUCUCUCUCUUGGAGAAGUAAGCUGCGUCUUGAGGGAGAAAACAAAGAAUACAAUGGAACGUUACCACCAAGUCCCUGUAUACAGAAGAUUUAAAUAUCAGUCAUUGUUUAUUUUGAGUCAUUCUUAUGUGUCAAUAUUUCUACCCUUCUGUGCUGCAGGCGAUUUUUUUAUGGGGCUUCGUACGUUUUUACCGGCCAGUCACCGUCCUCAAAUCUUUGAAGAGGUUCCUUCAUAUCAUUACUCGAAAAAAGACGAACUAACAAUACAAAAACAUCUAACUUUCCAUCAACCAGUGCGGAAAUUCUCUAAAUCUAAUUAACGUCCAAUUUUUAACAAACGCGUUGGGGAAUUACGUUUGGCUUACGGAAAAGUAAUCUGGUUUAAUGAAGUUAAAAUUGUUUUGAAGACUCAGUAAAACAAAUAAUUAUUGGAGAAGGAAGCUGCGUCCUGAGGGAGAAAACAUAAAAAUAAUACAAUGGAACAUUACCACAAAGUUCCUGUCUUGAAGAUUUACAUAUCAGUCGUUGUUUAUAUUGGGUCAUUCUUACCUGUCAAAUUUCUACCUUUUUGUGCUGCAGGCGAUUUUUUUAUGGGGCUAAUCGUACGUUAAUUUUUACCGGCCAGUCACCGUCCUCAAAUCUUUUGAAGAGGUUCCUAUAUAUCAUUGCUCGAAAAAAGGCGAGCCAACAAUACGAAAAAAUCUCACUUUGCAUAAACCAGUGCUAAAAUGCUCCAAACCUAAUUAACUUCCAAUUUUUAACAAACGCUUUUGGGAAUUACGUUUGGCUUACGGAAAAGUAAUCUGCAUGGUUUAAUAAAGCUAAAAUUUUGAUGAAGACACAAUAAAACAAAUUGGGGAAGGAAUCCCGUAUAUGUCUAUUUAAGCUGCGUCUUGAGGGAGAAAACAAAGAAUACAAUGGAACGUUACCGCCAAGUCCCUGUAUACAAAAGAUUUACAUAUCAGUCAUUGUUUAUUUUGAGUCAUUCUUAUGUGGCAAUAUUUCUACCUUUUUGUGCCGCAGGUGAUUUUUUAUGUGGCUUUUCAGUUGCAGAAACUGCACCAGUAGGUGCAUAUAUAUUUUUUUUCUAUUCCUUUCUGAUCUUUUACAAUUUCUCUUCAUUAACGAUUUACUUUCAAAAGGGUGGCUUAUAUAUAAGACCGGUUUUUCCAACCUCAAUAGCACUUAAAUUACUGGUGUUGAGAAAAAGGUGCAUAUUUCCGCAGCGCAGUAGAGAAAAAGGAAAGUUACCUUUAAUUCUAAUUAUAAAUUCGGCAUCACGGAAAACUUUAGGCUUUUUGUGGGAGGCUUAAAUAACUAAAGGAUAGCCAGAGGAAAGUCAAUGAAAUUAGUAAUCAUUACGCACCUUUAUUAACUCAGUGACUUCCAUGCAUCUGACGGUUUCGGGUUUCUGACAAUUCUGGCGAGUUUGUUUGAGAAAUUUCAACUUAGCUCGCCCAUGCAGUAAGUGAUUAUCAAAUAUAGCGCUCUUUUUUGCAAAAUGAAAACGCGGAAAAGUGUGGCUGAAACGCUCUAGAAAGGCGAGAACGGAACGCUAGCGGGGACGCUAUUAUUCUGACCCGUUUUUUUACUCAAAUACUGAGCCGAAGAAGUCUGAUUUGUUAAAAUGAACUAGGUAUCAAGCGGCCGACUAGUAGAAAUCAUUACCACGCUAAUUGGAAUAUAGGCCGUCCUCAACUAGCACCUUGACAAGAUCGUAACCGCUGCAGCAUUUGGCCAAAAGGAGCGUUUCCCAGCCUACUUACUCAUACCCUUAGUGCACUCGUGUGUCUAGCCUGUUCCAGGCGUUCAGAUCGUGGGGACGGCGUGAAGAGAUGUGAGCACUAUCGUGUGCCCUAAUUUCUCUUUUCUCUUUCCCUUCAAACACCUCCUAUUCAGGCUAAUUUCUCUAUCAAACAUCAACUACCAGUAAACAUUUGACUGAUUACUUUCUGAAUUUCUUUCUAAGGUCAAUGCGCUCGUAACAACCGAUACGUCACAUUUCUAACGCCAGUUAACGGAUUUUACCUUGAAGGCCACGUGUUUUUAAAUCUCUCAGUGGAACUAAACCGGGACUGCCAAGACCAAUGCACGUUAGCCAGAGAUUGUGUCUCCUAUAAUACUGGUCCCCGCAUUGACAACAAAAUGGCCUGUGAGCUCAGUAAUUCAGAUGACUUGCAGCACCCUGAAAAUCUCAAACCAAGACGCGACUGGAACUACAGAGGCACAAAGGUAUGACAUCUGUAUCACUUUAUGUCUAGUUUGUUUUCAUUGUAUUUCAAUAUAUUUUUAUGUCAAACAUGAAAAGAUAACACUCUCGAAUCUGCUAAGAUGGGCGGUACACCGUCGGGUGUGAAUGUCAUGGAGUUGCACAGACCUUCAGUUCCGUGUGAAUCUGGUUGAUGAUAGUUGCUUAAGCAAGAGUAGUGAGUCCCCACCUUCUACACCUUAACCUUUUGCCUUGCAACCAACCUACGACAUGCUCAAUCCAGAUUUCCCCACCCAAGGUGAACGCAGUAGACCUGGACCCAUCCGUUGGGCUCUUGUGCCAAAGUUGACCAUAUCCUGGUCAUUGGUAGGUGGCCUUACUCAAUAAGAAACUGUUAGUGUAGACCUUACAAAAGUGUAGAGAUCGACUCCGACCACCGUAUCCUACGUGCCACUCUUAAAGUGAGUCUUAGAAGUAGCGAAUGCAAACCUGUAAAUCGCAGAAAGUACAGUUUGAAGAGACUCGCGCAUGAAAACAGAAUUUCGUUAAAACUUUCGAACCACUUUGCCUCCCGGCACUACUAUUCCAAUUCGAGAGCAACUCAAUAUCAGGAACAGUCAAUUCGAAAGUAUAACAGGUAGCAUAUAGUGGAAAAGAUGAAGGAAGUGUGUUUCAAAUGGCUUAGCUUAACUGGGUCCCCAAAGAAACAGAAGACCUUCAGAAAGUUUGAAAUGACGCAAAAAGCAAGCGCCUGCGUCUUAAGGCCUAAGGAGACUGACUAAAACACACACCAGAUAAGAGAUUUUUGUCCUCGAAUGCAGUAUUUAACGCAGUGUGACGGCGCUGCUGUUGUCCCUUUCGUAAACGGUCGCUGUUAUUUUUACGACACGUAGAAAAUUUUUGACCUGUUAUUGAAAGUGUUUCUAUGAAAAAGAAAGAAAAUCGCAACCUAGGGUCAAACCAGGCCUCGAAUCCGGACUCUAUCCUAACCUCUCUCCCAUACCACUGACAUUAAAAAUAUUACCACACCAACCCACCAAAAUUCCCAAAAUUUUAAGUAAAUACACUAACAAACUGUCUUUCUUAACUGUCACAUCAAUAACAGGUGACCCUAGCACUUUUCGUAAAUUUUAACAACAACAACAACUUGCGCUCCAACGUCGUUCUUUCUAACACUAUUCGAAAAUCUAUUUUUUGCUUUUUUGCAACUUAAUCCAGGGAGUAUAUCACUAAUGGUGGCAUCGACCGUUAAAAAUGGCAAAGACCGUUUAUGAAAGGGAAAUAGGCGACGGCACUUGAUUUGUAUAGAUAUUUCUUAACGCACAAUAAUAUUGGCUUUCCGUCCUGAAGGCCCCAAGGGUAGAUUUCCACUGUCGUAAGUACGCACGUAAAGUUACGCGCGUAAAUAAAACAGAAACAGUGUAUGGAAGGUCACGCGUAAACGUAAAAGUUGAACCUCGCUUAACUUUCACACGUUUACGCGUGGCCUUUCAUACUUUGCCUCAAUUUCAUUUACGCGCGUACAUUUUACAUGCGUUCCCAUGGAAAAAUUACGCGACAGUGGAAAUCCACCUGCAAGAGAAACGACUAGCAUCCCCGUCAGUCAUUUUCAUAUGGGAUUUUCCUCCGGGGAUCCAAUGACUCUGCGGAAUUUAGUAGGCAUAUGAGUCAUCCACUUGAACAGUUUAUACCAAGUGUCAACAGAUUGGAUACCCUAGGUACCAGAGGUUUUUUCUUGCGUGCGGCGGGAUGCAUCAUCAUGCAUCACUGGACAUAUCCUCGGCAGAAGCCCGACGCCACGAGCGGCAAUUAAAGCACCGCCAAACCGUAAACCGUGUAUAACAAGUCGCGGGCACGCAGGGUACAGAUCGGAAAAAUUAAAAACAGUAUGUCAAGGCACUUGUUGAAGGUCAGAAGUGAAGGACGUUUUGUCAGUUGUAGUUCUUACGUAAGAACGAAGAUGGGAGGGUUUUAUGUACAAUGUGUUUCCUCUUAAUCAGAAUCUUUGCGCCAAGAAACCUUGCCUUAACAACGGGAAGUGCUACAUGGGGUAUACUGAGAAGAGAUACGUUUGUGUUUGCCCGGCUGGCUACCACGGAGAAAACUGUGAAAAAGGUAAACAGUAUAUUGAUAAUUAAAGUACACUCCUUUUUAUGACAAAGCUGUUUAAAACGAAGCAGUUAUGCAAGUUAUCCAAGUUCGAACAGAAGUAAGUCCAAGUUCUAUCGGUUUUCGCUACCAAUUUAUCAAACCCAGACUUUGAAAUCUGCAAAAUGUUCCACAAACACACUCCAUUUUUAUAGCAUGGCAGCGGGCGUGGCUAAAUUUUAAAAGCGCUUUAUGGAUAAUUGUUAUUUCUUUGUUAUCCUCCUUUUGAAAACUUUAAGCUAAGGAUACUUGCUCAGGGCUGUCAAUCCCCCACGUUUUCAAAUAUUGAGGAAGGGAUGAUAGAUGACGUCAUAAUGCACGGCACAUUCCGUCAUUUGUGGAAAAAAAAAACGCGCGAAAAAGAUGUUGUUGGAAUUGUAACAUUUGACGUAACUGUUUUACUUACCAGCAAUCACAUUAUUGCUUAUAUUACAUUGGCAUACCGGAGUUUGUGAGGAAACGUUCGAUGUUAAACAUCGCAAAAUAUUUGAAAUUUCAUUGUCAGAAAGUCGAAUCUACAAGAAAUGGCAAACUUCGGCGAUUAUCCGGAAGAUUUCAGACUUAGCCUGUUCCAGGCUCUCAGAUAGUGGGGAAGACGCGAAAGUGUAGGGCGCGCGAAAAUGGGGGCGGGGCGGGAAAAAAGGGAAAACGAGGGGAGAGAGAGCGUGUAAUCAUCUCUUUUACGACCCUCUUCCGCCGUCUCCCCCUCUCCCCAGUUUCCUCCCGUUUUUUUUCUUUUUAGCGCUUUCUCAAUUCCGCGGGCCCGACUAUCCCGGAGCCUGGACAGGCUAACUUUAUCCUGUAGCAGCAGGAGCCGAUUACUUAUCGGCUCCUGAUAGCAGUAGUUUAGCGAGACCGGACCAAGCAAGAUUUUAAAAGGUAAACAUGAGAUAUUCCAACUUACAGUUGGUAAACUAAUAUUAAAGAAUGUUCAAGCAUUUCUUUUACGACCCUUUUCCGCCGCCUCUCCCUCUCCCCAGUUUCCUCCCGUUUUUUUUCUUUUUCGCGCUUUCUCAAUUCCGCGGGCCCGACUAUCUCGGAGCCUGGAACAGGCUAUUUCAGACUCUAAUCUGGAGACCGGAAGAAACGGUUCAAAAUCUCAAGUCAAUUCUCCCGGAUUAUCCGGGAGAGUUGACAGCCCUGACGUUAGAUAUAAUUUUGUCUUGAGGUCUCAUGUUAUUGCAAAGCGCGGCAAUUGUAGCGAUGAUAUUGCUCAAUGAAUUGCUGGUAGUUGACAAAAUAACCGCUUGUGUCAGACAAAUAUGUCUCGUGGCUGUUAUAUGUAAGGUUUCGAAAAGAAAAACAUUGUCUGGUGGAACAUUUUGCUUUGAAAAACGUUUGCUAUCAAUAUUUCAAUUUUGGGCUUCAAGUAACUUUGUUUGCAAUUUAUCCGUGAUUAUUGUUUCGUUCAGAUAUAAACGAGUGUGAGAGCAGUCCCUGUUUGAACAACGGAACUUGCACUGACAGAAUCAAUGCAUUCAACUGCAGUUGCCCGCCUGGAUUUUCUGGCAAUCGAUGUGAAAUUGGUUAGCAUAGUGUUAAGUUGAUUACCCUAUAAUGAUGUCGUACGGUUAAGAAGUGCUUAAAUGUCAACGCCUAUCCCCACUUCAGAAACUUCAAAGGAAAUGGCAGGACUGUCUACCCCCCACGUCUUCAAAUAUUGAGAAUUGAUGGAGAAGCGAUGAUAGAUGACGUCAUUAUGCACGGCAAAUUACGUCAUUUGUGGAAAGAAAACGCGCGAAAAAGAUGUUGUUGGAAUUGUAACAUUUGACCUAACUGGUUUACUUACCACCAAUCACGUUAUUGCUUAUAUUACAAUGGCAUACCGGAGUUUGUGAGGAAACGUACGAUGUUAACAAUAAAAUUGCUCAAACAACGCAAAAUAUUUGAAAUUUCAUUGUCAAAUAGUCGAAUCUACAAGAAAUGGCAAACUUCGGCGAUUACCCGGGAGAUUUCAGACUCUAAUCUGGAGACCGGAAGAAACGGUUCAAAAUCUCAAGUCAAGUCUCCCGGAUUAUCCGGGAGAGUUAACAGCCCUGACGUUAGAUACAAUUUUGUCUUGAGGUCUCAUGUUAUUGCAAAGCGCGGCAAUUGUAGCGAUGAUAUUGCUCAAUGAAUUGCUGGUAGAUGACAAAAUAACCGCUUGUGUCAGACAAAUAUGUCUCGUGGCUGUUAUAUGUAAAGUUUCGAAAAAGAGAAGAACAUUGUCUGGUGGAACAUUUUGCUUUGAAAAACGUUUGCUAUCAAUACUGAUUUUAAUUUUGAGCUUCAAGUAACUUUGUUUUCUUACGAGCUUUCGUAUACCCUCUAUUGAAAAAUGGUACCCUUUCACAUACCUCGUUCAUAGCUGUGCAUCCUUUUUAAAAGCUGUAAAUGCACUGUCUUUACAAUAUGAAAAAAUCACUAGACCAGAACCGUUUUCUUGAGUUUUUCUCCGCCAUUUGUACUACAAAUGAGCAAAGUGGAUCCUCAUUGUCAUCAAUGUCUCACUAAAAUGCCCUCAAAACCUCUCGCCGAAAAAUGCGACGGAAAUACUUUUCUUAUUUUACUAAUGAGUUCUUAAAACAAGUUUUAUGGGUCAAGUAGAUGUUCGUUUAUUAGAUCCAAGCACAAUCCAAAACAGAGGGAGGGCUAAAUUCAAAUGUUUGAAACUGAGUCUAAAGACCUCUAAAUGAUACAUUAACAGCGCAUGAUCAGCAGAAGCCCAUUUGAUGGGCACCUGCAGCUCAGCUUUUGUGUCACAUUUUUUUUCUUGAGUUUGCCAACUCUUAUUUUGGAUUAACAACUUAUCGCGAGCAACCCCCCUAGAAACAUUAGCCAAAAACUAAUUAUUACCGCAUCGAAUGAUCAUUUUGUUUUCAGUUUUCAAGAACUGUGCUGAAGUCUACAAGUCCGGUGCCAAGAUCAGUGGAAUGAAUAAAAUUUUUCCUGGUGGUCUGGGCGAAUUUGAAGUGUUCUGUGAUCAGAAAACUACUGGUGGAGGUUGGACAGUGUUUCAGAAGAGGCGAGAUGGCUCUGUUGAUUUCUUCCGCGCUUGGGAUGAUUACAAACGCGGUUUUGGCAAUCUGAACGGUGAGUUCUGGCUCGGUUUGGACAAGAUACAUCGGCUGACUGUAAGCGGUGGUUAUAAACUCCGUGUUGACUUGGAAGACAUUCAUGGAAAAACCGCAUUUGCCGAGUACAGCUCCUUCUCCGUGACAAACGAGACAGCGAAAUACCANAUACUUUUCUUAUUUUACUAAUGAGUUCUUAAAACAAGUUUUAUGGGUCAAGUAGAUGUUCGUUUAUUAGAUCCAAGCACAAUCCAAAACAGAGGGAGGGCUAAAUUCAAAUGUUUGAAACUGAGUCUAAAGACCUCUAAAUGAUACAUUAACAGCGCAUGAUCAGCAGAAGCCCAUUUGAUGGGCACCUGCAGCUCAGCUUUUGUGUCACAUUUUUUUUCUUGAGUUUGCCAACUCUUAUUUUGGAUUAACAACUUAUCGCGAGCAACCCCCCUAGAAACAUUAGCCAAAAACUAAUUAUUACCGCAUCGAAUGAUCAUUUUGUUUUCAGUUUUCAAGAACUGUGCUGAAGUCUACAAGUCCGGUGCCAAGAUCAGUGGAAUGAAUAAAAUUUUUCCUGGUGGUCUGGGCGAAUUUGAAGUGUUCUGUGAUCAGAAAACUACUGGUGGAGGUUGGACAGUGUUUCAGAAGAGGCGAGAUGGCUCUGUUGAUUUCUUCCGCGCUUGGGAUGAUUACAAACGCGGUUUUGGCAAUCUGAACGGUGAGUUCUGGCUCGGUUUGGACAAGAUACAUCGGCUGACUGUAAGCGGUGGUUAUAAACUCCGUGUUGACUUGGAAGACAUUCAUGGAAAAACCGCAUUUGCCGAGUACAGCUCCUUCUCCGUGACAAACGAGACAGCGAAAUACCAACUGAACUUGGGAAGUUAUUCAGGUAAGUUUAUGAAAGACUGAAAAAGAAUCAGUUGGCGAAAAAUGUUGCUAAUUGCCAAAUACAAUGACAAAAGAAAAAAGAAAGAAAGAAAAUAAGUUUUUUUUUCUUGCAAUUGAUCGCGAUUGGAAUGUGGAAGUUAUCAGUCGAUUUUUGUAACAACAAUUUACCUUAUUUGUAAUGUCAUAUUAGAUCAUAUAAAAAAAUUUUAAAAGGAUUAACCCACGUCUUGAGAGUUCAGAAAUUAAGGGUAUGUCAUUGAUUAUUUAGCAAGUACAAGAUCUCUACCGGUUUCGAAGCUUUACUAAAUGUUACCUUUAAUGUUCCUUUUAAAACCUCUCGGGGGCCUUUCCAAUUUUUUUUUUUUUAAAUCCUAGAAUUGUUUCGUCCCGUCUGCAUUAAUUAAAGUGGACUGAGACUGUUUAUGCAGGAGUGAAAAUUGACCGGUUCAAAAACUCUGCGAAAAGAACCCGAAAAAUAUAACACAUAUUUCUCUUCUUUCCCCUUUUUGUAGGAAACGCUACUGAUGCCCUUGGUUAUCAUCGUGGUAUGUCAUUUUCCACCAAGGAUCGCGAUAAUGACAAGUACAGCGUUGGAAACUGUGCCUUGAUUUAUACAGGCGCCUGGUGGCACAACAGUUGUCACCGGUCCAAUCUGAAUGGUCUGUACCUCAAUGGUAAGGACGAUUGUCAAGGAAUGCGCUGGCUCUAUUGGCCGAAGGGUAGCUGCUACUCUGUCAAGAAAACUGAGAUGAAGAUACGUCCAAACGAUUUUUGA